AUGGAUGGAAAUCAACUUGUAGUAACUUGUUCGAUUUCACAGAAUAAAAAUUCUUUCAUACCUACCUACGCCCUUAUUGAUACCGGAGCAUCAGGAUAUGCUUUUAUUGAUGAAUCUUUUGCACGCCACAACAAUCUUACAAUGACCCCCCUCAAAAUACCCCGCCAUGUAGACGUUAUAGAUGGAAGGCCUAUUAAGUCAGGAAAAAUUACCCACAUUGUCGAUGUUUCGCUAGACAUUCAUGGUCAUCGUGAAGUUGCGCCAUGUUUUGUAACGAAGUUAGGACAUUAUCCGAUUGUGAUGGGAAUACCUUGGAUGCGACGACAUGAUGUUACGAUUCGACCAAAAGAAAAUCUACUUGUUUUUGACUCUCGAAGCUGUUGUCAAUACUGUUCACUCAAUGGAACUGCAGUCAUUGUUCAUGGCAUCUCGAUUCCCUUACCGGAACACCAUACGGUCAUCGUUUCAGCAACUGAAAAAUCUACGGUCAACAUUGAACAAUUAGUACCGAAAGAGUUUCACCAUCGUCUCCAUAUGUUCAAAGAAUACGAUGCUUCAAUUCUCCCACCACAUCGACCAUCCCAUGACAUCGAGAUAGUACUGGAAGAAGGUAAACGACCACCAUAUAGACCUAUAUAUGGAUUGUCUCAAAUUGAGUUGAAAGCACUACGGGAAUAUCUUGAUGAAAAUUUACCUAAAGGAUUCAUUCGGGCCAGUGAAUCACCAGCGGGAGCACCUAUAUUGUUCGUAAAGAAAAACGAUGGAACUCUUCGACUUUGUGAUGACUAUCGAGGCCUAAAUGCGAUUACAAUCAAAAAUCGAUAUCCAUUACCAUUGUUAAAGGAAACCCUAGCUAAGUUGUCAAGAGCAAAAUACUAUACGAAAUUGGAUUUACGUUGGGGAUAUAAUCAAAUCAGGAUAGCGGAGGGAGAUGAAUGGAAAACGGCAUUUCGAACUCGAUAUGGACAUUUCGAAUAUACAGUAAUGCCAUUUGGAUUAGCUAAUGCCCCUGCUACAUUUCAACAUUGGAUCAAUGAUAUUUUACGUCCCUAUCUCGACCAAUUUGUAACGGCAUACUUAGACGAUAUCCUUAUCUAUUCCGAAACUCUACUAGAACAUAAAGAACACAUUCAAAAGGUUCUAAAGGUACUUGAUGAAAAUCAUGUUCACCUUAAACCUGAAAAAUGUGAAUUUAUGGUUCAGGAAACGAAAUAUCUCGGUUUAAUUCUUACUCCGAAUGAAAAUAGAAUGGACCCAAAGAAAGUUAUUGAUGUUUUGGAAUGGACCACACCGACAAAUCUUCGUGAUGUUCAAGUAUUUCUAGGAUUUGCAAAUUUCUAUCGGCGAUUUAUUUUAGGAUAUUCGAAAAUUGUUGCUCCACUUACAGCCUUGACAAAGAAGAAUGUUAAAUUUGAUUGGACGGAUGAAAGGGAGGAAGCAUUUCAAACUUUGAAAAAGAUGUUUACAACGGCGCCAAUCCUAGCUCAUUUUAAUCCGGAUCGAAAAAUUGUGAUAGAAACCGAUGCAUCCGACUAUGUUUCAGCAGGAAUCCUAUCUCAACGUGACAACGAAGGAAUUCUACAUCCAGUUGCUUUCUUUUCCAAGAAACAUUCUCCUUCAGAAUGCAACUACGAAAUCUAUGAUAAAGAACUUUUAGCAAUUAUACGAUGUUUCGAAGAAUGGCGACAUCACCUGGAGGGAGCUCAAUUCCCAAUUGAAGUUCUUAGCGACCAUCGGAAUCUUGAAUAUUUUAUGACAACAAAAUUGUUAAAUCGUCGACAAGCCCGUUGGUCUGAAUUUCUUUCACGCUUCGAUUUCGUUAUACAAUUUCGACCAGGAAAACAAGGAACAAAACCAGAUGCAUUGACUAGGAGUUCAGGUGACCUACCUAAAGAGGGGGAUGAACGGUUGACGCAUCAGAGUCAAGUGGUUCUGAAGCGAAAAAAUUUGGAUACUAAGCUAAGUUUGUUCGCGGGUUCUUUGUCAAAUGAAUCCGCUGAAGGAGCGUCCACUGUAGAGGAGUUAUUUUCAAAAGCUUACCAAGUGGAUAGUUUCCCAAACAAGGUCCUCAAUAUGCUUCGGAAUGGCAUUCGCCACUCAAACAAAAUCUCGCUUGCCGAAUGUACGGAAGAUAACAACGGUCGGCUACUUUAUCGAGGCAUGCUAUAUGUACCAGACGACGAUGACCUUCGACUAAGGCUUUUAAAAGAACACCAUGACAAACCAUCUGCAGGACAUCCGGGUAGAACGAAGACUCUGGAGCUCCUAAGUCGAGAAUAUUACUGGCCACAGAUGCGGAAGUUCGUCGAUCAGUAUAUUAGGAAUUGCAAUGUGUGCACCCGUAGCAAGGCAUCACACAAUGCACCUUAUGGAGUACUUCGCCCCAUGCCAAUUGCCGAUGGGCCCUGGACAGACGUCUCGAUGGAUUUUGUGACUGAUCUUCCUGAGAGUGAUGGGUAUAAUGCGAUUUUGGUCGUGGUAGAUAGACUAACCAAAAUGCGGCAUCUGAUACCAACGACAAAGGAGGCGGAUUCACGGGAAGUAGCAAAGCUAUAUAUUGAUAACGUCUGGAAACUACAUGGAUUACCCGACACUAUGGUAUCCGAUCGAGGAACAUAG